AUGUCGCAAACAUUUCUAUUAGAGCCGGAUAUAAUAGCGGCGACCGAAAAUGUUAUGCCAGAUCUUAAUACCGACUUGGUUUUAGCAAAGAACUAUUUGAAACAACAAAGCGCAGCAACUGGCGACUCCGUAUACGAUCACUUAGUGGACAUCGUCCAGAAGUUAUUAUCCCAGAAGCCACCAGAUGUAGUAGACAACUUCGAGCAAUACUCCUGGGAGGUGAAACAAGACAAGUUCAAGCCCAACUUUGACCUUCUCAAUGAUUUAUACAUGUCUCCACCCCAGAUGAGUCUCACUAGGAGUAUGGACCAAAUGUUCAGGCUGGUAGCCAGUAAAGCCGAAAAGUUAGGGGAUAUUGGUGAGGAGGAACAGGAGCUUGAUUUGGAGGAGGACAACUUUAAGCCGAGGAUCACAGAUCUUCUGGAGAACAACCAUUAUUUUAAGGAGGGCGGUUAUGGUCUUCCGGACAACGAAUGCUACGCAAUAUACAUUUCUCUCAUCAUGCUCGGCAUUAAAGAACCGGUGGCUACCAUAAGGUUCUUUGGAAAGAUUUUUGGCACAAAAGCUAAUUACUAUGUCGCUGAAACUGAUCUCACUAUAGAAGAACUUGAUAGAAGAAUCAGAGAAUUCGAAUUGAAGGACAUGCCUGGAGAGGGAGAAGGGGAGGGAGAAAGCCAUCACAGUGAAGAAGAAGCUGAAAUGGCAGCGGAAGGAGAGGCUCGCGAACCUGUGUCGAAGGAACCAGUCCGUCCGAAGAUGCCUCCAGAGCCGACAAUCACGUGGACACCACCAGCUCCCAUACCUGUCGAAAGACCUGGCCAGGGCGUUAAUAGGAAGGUGUACUAUGUAUGCAAUAAUCCCGGAGAAGACUGGAUCUGCUUGCCGGACCUGACGCCGGAUCAUAUACGAGUUGCCAGACACACGGUGCGAUGUAUGACUGGUGACUUGGAUGCUGAGGUGGUGACAUUUCCUCCGUUCGAAGGUACAGAGCGCCACUACUUACACGCGCAGAUAUGUCGCAUCGCUGCUGCUACGUCGGUGUCUCCUCAAGGGUUUUACACCUUCGGUUCCGGGGAGGAGGAAGAGGAUCUAGAUAUGGAGGAAGGCGCUGGUGACAUGGCGUUCAAUUUGAACCCGUUCUACCACGGUCAUUCUCUGAAGGAUCUUCUGGACUCCAACCUGACGUAUUGGGUACAUCAUGGCAGAUACAUCCUAAAACAAGGCAGGACUAUUUGGUGGAACCCGAAUGCUGAGAUGGAAGAAGGUUUAGAGGAAGAGGACGAAGUUGAAGGUCCCCCUCCCGUGCCACCAGAGAUAGGACCCCCACUCUUCACGACACUGGCCGAGGAUGCCAGGAUCGAGGGGCUUAAGCCGUGGAGUACGCGCAUCAGUUCUAUUCUUGUCCCAGAGAGAGCAGUUGUAACAAUCAGGAGUAAUAUCUGGCCUGGCGCUGUGGCGUAUGCCACUGGCAAGAGAUCAGAGUGCAUGUAUGUCGGCUGGGGAUUGAAGUUCCAGCCUCCCAACUUCUCCCCGCUGCAAUUGCCAAAGCCCCAAGACGAAUAUCCCAUUGGACCCGAGGUCAUGGAAAUGGCUGAUCCAACAUUUGCUGAUGAAGAGGCAUACCGUAUCGCCCACUUACCGCCCCCACCACCGCCGGAGCUUCCAGGCGAAGGUGAAGACUUCGGCGAAGAAGGCGAAGUGGAGGACGAAUAA